AUGACAACUGCUAGCAAACUUAAAAUUACUAAAUUAAGUAAAAAUGCUAGAAUACCAAUAAGACACAGUGAAGGUGCAGCAGGAUAUGAUAUUAGUGCACUUGAAGAAGGCAUUAUAAAUCCUAAAGAAGUAGUUGAAAUAAAAACAGGACUGGUGUUUCAUAUUCCAAAAGGACAUAUGGGAGUUAUAUUUGGAAGAUCGGGCUUAGCAUUAAUGAAUGGACUGGAACCACUUAACAGUAAAGUGUUACCUGAUUCUAAUAAUGAAUUAAUAGUUAAGAUUUUGAAUAAUUCAGAAGAUGUAUUUAAAUAUGAAGCGGGGAUGAGAAUUGCACAGCUAGUCAUUAUUGAAACAUGCAAUUAUGAAUUGGAAGAAGUUGAUAAACUAGAAGAUUCUACUAGAGGUACAUCUGGAUUUGGGUCUACAGGAUUACAUUAA